CCCCAAAUUUAUUACACACACAUAAAAAACCAGUCCACCGAGAAUCUCUCCGCUUUCCACUCAUUUAGACAAAGUAGAGAGAGAAAUUAGUCGGUGUGCUUGAGAUCGGCGGCCAUGGCUUCUUCAACAGAACGUGAAAACUUCAUCUAUGUCGCCAAGCUUGCCGAGCAAGCCGAACGCUACGACGAAAUGGUGGAUGCUAUGAAGAAGGUAGCAAAGUUGGAUGUUGAACUAACUGUUGAAGAAAGGAACUUGCUCUCAGUUGGGUACAAGAAUGUUGUGGGGUCACGAAGGGCAUCAUGGAGAAUUUUGUCUUCAAUUGAACAAAAAGAGGAAUCAAGAGGCAAUGAAGUGAAUGUAAAACGGAUUAAGGAAUACAGACAAAAAGUUGAAACAGAGUUAUCUGACAUUUGUAGUGAUAUCAUGGUUGUGAUUGAUGAACAUCUCAUUCCAUCUUCUUCUGCUGGUGAAUCCACCGUUUUCUACUACAAAAUGAAAGGUGAUUAUUAUAGGUAUCUUGCAGAGUUCAAAUCUGGUAAUGAUAAGAAAGAAGCAGCUGAUCAGUCUUUGAAAGCUUAUCAAUUGGCUUCAACUACUUCAGAAGCUGAUUUAUCUCCUACUCACCCUAUUCGAUUGGGUUUGGCUUUGAACUUUUCAGUGUUUUAUUAUGAGAUUAUGAACUCUCCUGAAAGGGCAUGCCACCUGGCGAAACAAGCUUUUGAUGAAGCUAUAUCAGAGCUUGAUUCCCUGAGUGAAGAAUCAUACAAAGACAGCACUUUAAUUAUGCAGCUUCUGAGAGACAAUCUCACUUUGUGGACUUCUGAUAUUCCUGAAGAUGGAGAUGACCAAAAAAUGGAAAUCAUCAAAUCCGGUGGAGAAGAUGCUGAGUAAAUUUGUCUGCUUUGCAUCGAUUGGUGAUGGGAUUAAGAAAGAAAGUAUGAUGUAAUUUUAUUUUGUAAGUUUGAAUUUGAAGAAUUGUUUUUUUUAGGUUGUGUUUUUAAAUGGUUUUUGAGUAGUUUAUUCAUUUAGACAUUUAUCUAUAUUAAGAUUGAUUGUUGUUUCAUCUUAAUGGUUCAGUUUGUGUCUUGAUGAUUUGCAAAGUUG